AUGGCUCUUAAAAGUCCUCGGUAUUGUUUAUACCGUGAUUUUGUUGAUGCUUAUAUGAAAGGUCAUUCUGAAAUGACACGAUGUGUAUCUCAUCAAACUGCACAAACAGAAUGGAAUCAAAUAAAAAAGGAUGAAAAUUAUGUUAAACAAAAAAUAACUGAAUAUCUUGAUCGAUGGAAUAAAGCAGGUCAACCAGAACGUGAACCUUCAAAAAAAUCUCCUAAAAAAAAAGCUGGUACACCAAAGAAUGAUUCUCGUAAACGAAAUUUUUCAUCCGAUGAUGAUGAACAAAAUAGAGAUCCAAAUUCUAUUGAAUGCCUAACACCAACAUCAUCGAAACGUAAAUUAUCAGUUGAAAUUGAUGAAGUGGAAAGUGAAUUAUUAGAAAAAGAAAAAUCAUGGAUUAUUCGUUCAGCUGAAAAAGCAGCAAAGAAAAAAGCUCAAACAACAGCUAAAUCACCUCAAAUUGAUAGUGAAAAAGUUAAAACACCAGCACAAGAAUCUGUUUUAAAAGAUCUUAAUGAAAUAUCACAACGUAUUGCAAAUUUAAUUCAAGUUAAAAGUAUGGGUUUAUUAACAGCUGAAAAUCAAAGAACAUUAAAAAAAUUAAUUGAACAAAAACAAAAACGUACCACUGAUCUUAAACGUCUUCAAUCAAAACAACGUGCAUCAACACGUUAUCGUGAAAAACAAAAACGGCAAGUUGAAAAAUUAUGUGCAUCAAAUCCUCAAGUAGCUGUUGAACUUUCAAAAGCUUUUCGACCAGCAGCCACAGCAACACGAAUACAAUUUGAAAGUGAUUGUCCUAAUCUUGUACAAAUUAUUGCUGAAAUUGCAUGUAUCGGUGGUGUAUCUGAUGAUAAUAAAGGAAAAAGACGAUUAUCAUUGGACAGUCUUAAAGAUGCAAUUAAAGAACGUGGUUAUGAAAUUCGAAAAUCAUCACUUUAUUAUCGUCUUAUGCCUCAACGUGCUUUAUCGCAAGAUGGAAAAAAACAUGUUAUUACGGUACCUGUUCGUCUUCGUAAAAUGCAAGGCAUUGAACCGUUACCUAAGCAUGAAGAUUCUCAUUUUACGGCUGCUUCUUGGAGACAUAUUAAAGAUUUAGCUGGUAUCUUUGGUAAUGAUUGUGUUCUCUAUUUAACUCAAAAUACAAAAGCUAAAGUAAGCAUUGGUCGUCCAUCAGCUAAAGGACAAUCACCACUUAUAAUGCAUCUUGAUUAUAAAAUGAGUUCAAUUGAUUCACAAUUAAAUUCAACCGUAUCAAAUCAUCAACUUACAUCAUGUAUUUAUGCUGCAUCAAUUAUUGAUGAAGCAGGUUUAAUUACGAAUGCUGGUCCAACAUAUAUAUCAAUUCGAUCAGCUAAACAUGAUCGUUUAACACAUGAAAGUCAUUCGAUUGAUUUUGAUCGUUUAGUACAAUUAAAAGAAUUUGAAAAAGUUGCGCAUGAUCAUCUUGGUCGUGCUAAACCAAUUGUUGUUAUAAAUAUAGAUAGUUGUGAUUUAGAAAAUAAUACACGUUAUAUAAAAACACUUACGGCAGCUAUUGAUAAAUUUAAAAAAUAUAAUUUAGAUGCACUUAUUAUUAUUAAUCAAGCAUCAGGACAAGCAUUAUCUAAUGUUGUUGAAAGACGUUUAUCACCAAUGGCACAAGAUUUAGCUGGUUUAAUAUUACCACAUGAUCAUUUUGGUACACAUUUAAAUGAUGCUGGUUUAACACAACAUGCUGAAUUAGAAAAAGAAAAUUUUAAAUUAACUGGUGAUGUUUUAGCGGAAGUAUGGAGUUUGAAUGUACUUGAUGAGUAUCCAGUUGUGGCUGAAUAUAUUAAUCCAUCGCCAAUGAUUGAUGAACAACUUCAAAUGGCUGAUAGUGUAUUAGCUUUGAAUAGUAUUAUUGAUCAGGUUUCUAUUCAAGAAAACGAAGAAAGACCAUCCGAUCAAAUACGUCCAACUCCCACAAUAUCGACAACAGAAGUCAAAACUGAAUGCAAUAUUGAUGAAUUUUGGUGUGCAACUCAUGUUCUUCAAACUCAAUAUACAAUUCAAAUAAUUCGUUGUAAUAAUCCAUCAUGUUGUACACCAUGGCGUUCAAAUUAUAUUCAAGUUUUUCCUCAUCGUUUUCUUCCACCACCAGUACCAUUUGAUCGUUCAUCACGUGGUGUUAAAAUGGCUGAUAUUGAAACAUCAUCAGCACUAACAAAUCCAGUAUCACCAUUUUAUGGUAACCUUUUUCAACGUAUACAAUUUCAUGGUAUUGUUAUUAAUCGUACACAUGAUGAUCUUCUACCAUAUGAUGCAUGUUGUCCAUCAUUACAAACAAAGAUAUCAUCACGCAUAUGUUCAAUCUGUAAACAAUAUAUUCCAUCAUCAAUACGUUUACGUAAUCAUUAUAAAAUUCAUCAACAAUAUACAAUCGAUUCAUUUGAUUAUAUUAAUAAAGAAGAAGAUAUAAUUGAUGAUAAUGAUUUAAAUGAUCCAUAUGAUAUGCCAAUAAUAUCAAUAAAUUCAACAAAAAAUGGUGUUUAUUUAUUUUCUAAUAUGGCUGAAUGGUUAAAAUCAGAUUUUGAAGAUGAUCCUAUUGUUGAUACUAAAGUUAAAUCAACAGCAGCAACAGCAUCAGCUAUGAUUCGAAAAGAAAAACAAAUGGCAGCACAGACAACAACAACAACAACAACAACAAUUCAAGAAGAAAACUCAAUGACAUUUAUUUCCAAUGAUCAAGAAACAACAAUUAAUGAAAUAUUUACAGAAGAAGAAAUUACAACAAUAACUGAUAAUACACAAACAACAACAGCUCCAUAUUUAAGGGAUACUCAAAGAGAGCAAGGUUAUAUAUUAGAUGCUCUGGAAAAAUUAGGAAUGCUUGAUGAUGGUGCAAGUUCAAUAGGUAAUGCACCAAGUCAACAAAGUUGGGAUGAUCUUGAAGAUCUUGUCGACAAUAUGUAA